UUGAAAUCUAAAAAUUGACCGGAAAUGGUUAAGUGGAUUUUUGCCUCUAGAUUUUAUUAAGGGUAGGUUUUAGGCGUAAAUUUGGCCUAUUACCACAUUUGCUUUUUAUUUUUUUAUAAUGUUUUGUUUUGUUUUUUUGAUUUUGUAUUUUGGUUUGGGUAUUUCUCCUAAUACUAGUUAGCCCAUUAUUUUGCAUUAUGGAAAUCGUUGGAAAAAGUCGGCAUAAUAUUACGUCGACAUCAGAAUCUUUCGGAGACAUCUUUUUCCAAAAUGGCGGCGACAUAGUGCUUUAAAAUUACCAGCCACAUAUACCAAUAAUAGUUACCAUGCAAGCGGCUAAUGGUCUUAUAAAAGGAAAGACUUACACAAAUAUUUUGUAUGGUAAUUUGGACUUGCGUUAAAAGUUAUUGCAAAGAAUAAUUUUUAAAAGGUGAUGUCUGUAGCGAGAACAUCCAUUGUUAGACGCGUCUUUUUUGAUUUCUUAACGAUUUAUUUAUUGUAUACAUUUGCGUUAUAUUUGUUUAUAUACUAGUCUAAAAUAAAUAAACAGAGAUGGCUGUCUUCUGGUUUCUUCAGCUCACGUGGAUUACUGUUGCGGCUGCUACAUCAGCUUCCUGUAACAUUUCCAAACAUUGUGACCUUCGUAUAAAUGUUGAAUGGUGGUCAAUUGCUCCGUAUAUUUACAAAGAUAAUGGUACCGUCACUGGAAUAUUUCCAACCUUGCUCAGCAAAAUGGCUUCAAGCUGUUGUGGCGAAUGCACUCAAAUUGUGUACGAUAGCCCACAUAAUUCGGAAUCCAAAGUCUUAUCCGAACUUAAGGAUAAUAUUAGCAUUUAUCUUCCGGUAUAUGGCUCCGUGCAAGACGUAAAGAAAUACCAAAAUCCUUAUCUGCCGACCAUAGAGUCACCAGGUGUUGUGUAUUUAACCAAUGUUAAAGACGAUAUCACUGCAGUUUCAGCGGAUUUAAUAAAGGCCAUAUUAAGGGCGUGGCCAGUCAUGUGCUUUUUGUUGAUGGGUGCGGCUGUGUCAGGCGUAAUUGUAUGGGCGUUGGAUUGUUACUGUAAUCCUGCGCAAUUUCCUGUUAAUUUUUUCAAAGGAUCUUGGGAUGGUUUUUGGUGGGCCUGUGUAUCCAUGACCACUGUGGGGUAUGGAGAUCGUGCACCUAAAUCACUUUCAGCCCGAAUUUUCGCAUUUAUGUGGGUCCUGACGGGUGUGGUCACUAUUGCUGGAUUUAAUGGCUCCAUCACUGCACAAUUGACAAGUUUAGUAAUGUCUAACAAGCUUUUACAAGGAGAGCAGGUUACAGUCAUUGAUGGCACAGCGGAGAAAAAGUAUGGCUUGUCGCUGAACAUAAAUAUAACAGUUGCAAAAGAUGUUUCAGACUUGAAAAAUAAACUUAUGCACGAUGACAAAAUCAAGGGCGCCAUAUUGGAUAGCUACGUUGCCGGCUUUCAUCGAAAUUUUUUCUCAGAGAACAACAAAAUAAGGAUAGCAGACGUCUUGGAUCACACGUAUGCUUACGGCAUGUUGUUGCACCAGGCGAAAAAAAGUUCAAAAUUGCAACAGUGUUUCCUGCAAUAUUUAAGUGUCAACCAAAAAGAAGUGAUUGGCGUUGUGGAGCUGUUCACAAAAGCGUUGCAGCUGCCUGAAAAAUCAAUAAGUCAAUCAAAAAGUGAAAAUAUCCUCAAUCCCUCCAACAGUUGGUUCCUGCACUUGCUCGCCGUAUGUUCUGGCUUGAUUUUAUUCUUCGUUCUUGUUGGAAUGAUAUGGCAAUAUAACCACAAACGACGACAUGCACAAAAAUACCAACCUGUGGUUGUCAAUCUUCAAGAGGAAAUAUCUAUGGAGGAGUUACUGAAAAAACAGUGCUUGGAGUUUGAAACAGCCAUGGAAGAAGAAGUCGAGCAUUUCUUCAAACGUUGGAUAGCACAAAAGAAAUAUAUUUGCAAAUACGACUUUUGCUUUUCAGCUACGGAAAAAUUUGAAAGUUAUGAGAACGACAAUGCUGCUGAAGACAUGCUUGUACCCACUUAUAUUCCUUAG